UUGUAAAAGAUAAUACAUAAUGAUUGGGCAACAGCAUGACAACAAGAAGUCAAGGGUCAUGAAAGAGUGUAGAAAAAUCUGUUUUUAAUUUUCCAUUAAUAUCAGGCACUCAGAACGGGUGACCCAGAUGCGAAACCAAGGAGUAGUAUUUAUAAUAAAAGUCUUAACAGGUAUCAAUCAGAAAUGGGUCGUAACAGGUAUCAAUCAGAAAACGCUGGAAAGAAUGGCAUAAACACAUAACAAUCUGGCAAGGAACUGAACAAAACAAGGGUUUAAAUAAUACAGGUAACAAGAGAGAAUAGGAAUCAGAUGGGGAAACAAUCAGGAAGUGAAACAAUCAGGAAGUGAAACAGGUGAAACGAAUGAGUGAAGUGAGAUGAACUGACAGGGAGGCUACGGUGUGCACAGAGGUAACAAAAACAAGGAAACACUAAUAGAUAGAAUACAAUACACUGAAAACACAAAACCUAACACUUAAAAAUAUUGGGAGAACUUGGAAUUGAUGGGGAAGAGUAUUCUGAAGGAGAAGUCCACUCGGCUGAAGGCCAACAUCAGCGCUCGGUUCAGGGAGCUCCAGAACUUUCUGCAGAAGAGGGAGCAGGAGCUGCAAGCGGAAGUGGUGAAGGAGGAGAAGAGGGCUCUGCUGCCCAUGCAGGCGAACCAGGCGGCCAUGACUCAGAGGCUCAACCCCCGUCUGGAGAAGGAGAGCGCCCUGCUGUCAGGUCUAGACAUCGACGAGUCCGACAACUUCCAACAGUGGUGGUUGGACCACGGGUCCCCUAUUGUGGGCGAGCUGAAGAACCGGGCCAGUGGAACCGGUGAAAUAUCGGGUCAGCAUACAGUGGGAGAGUUCAGAUCGGAGGCGGAGGACCUCCAAGUGACCCCGGACACCCCCCGCUCCCUCACCCUGGGUCCGUAUGAGUCCCACCUGCAGCUGUUCGUGUGGAAGGAGAUGCUGAAGGUUGUCAGACCGGUUCCAGACUGCGUAACGGUGGAGGACAAUGACGACCCGGUGUUGAAGGUGUCACGCGACGGGCUGGGCGUCAGACACGUGGACGUGAGGCCCAGCCGGAUGUGGGCGUGGGGGAGAGACCCGCAGUACUCCAUGUCGCACACGUGGAGCGGCGAGGGCUUCGGGGCGGGGCAGCACUACUGGGAGGUGACGGUGGGGGAGAAGCUGCACUGGAGCCUGGGCGUGGAGGCCGACCCGCACGGCGACAGGGAGAGCGUGUGUCGGCUGAACGGCCGCUUCGGGAAGCACCGGGUCCAGACGCAGCGCGAGGUCCCGCUGGACCUGGGGACGCAGCCACGCGUCGUGGGCACGUACCUGGACUGCGACAGGAAGCGCGUGGAGUUCUACGACGCCGACCACGUCAAACUCAUCGCCUCUGCCACGUACGACACCGACAAGCCGCUGUUCGCCUACUUCAACCCCGGCUUCUACCUGCAGGGGGAGAACGCCGACCCACUGGCCCUGCGUCCGUACUGAAAGCCCCGAUGUAGCCACGAUAAGAUCCGCACAGCUGCUGGGCCCUCGAGCAAGGCCCUGAACCCCGCAUUGCUCCCGGGGGAUUGUCCCCUUCUUUGUCUAAAUCAAUUCUAAGUCACUUUGGAUAAAAGUGUCCACAAAAUAUCUCAUUAAAAAAAUAUUUCAAAUCAGUAAUUUACAGAUUGAGGGUCCUCAUACUCACACAGCAGACUUGUACAUUUAAUUUAACGCAGGGACCACGUAAAACAAUAGCGCUUUUUUAUAUUCACAUUUUUUAUUAAAAAAUGCUCGUACAUACGUCAGUAUUUAACGGUUUCUUUACUAUCAGUGCUGCCCUUGCAUGCUAUUGAAAUCAUCACAUUAGUGUUGUGUUUUAUGGUCAGAAUGGAGAGCUAUCUGACGAUAUUGAUUUAUAUGAAUAAAUAUUAAAUGUACUUUUGCACAAAUUUUGAAGAUGAAAUCAAGAUGAAAAUGAAUGUUUUAUGUCUUGAAUUCCAUCAUGUUCAGAGACAGUAUCUGUAACUAAUUACAAUGUGGGUAAGUCAAUAAAGAAACAUUUUAU